GUUGCCCAGGUUUCCACACCUCUCCCAGCAGUUACUACUCAUCUCUUUCUCUCUCUCUUUUUCCCUCUCCCCCUAACCCUCUCUUUUGCUUGAAUUGCUCUGUCUUUCUCUUUUUCUUUUACUCCCCCUUGGGUCAAAACUUUUUCACUGGACUAGCUGAGUAGCUGUGAAGGAAAAGACGGAGCAGUGGUGUGGAAGAGCUUCAGCACCACGGGCAGCGCCUGCUGCAGCCUUGCCCACCCGGCUAAGCUCCUGGACUCCUAGCUCUGAGGAUGCCUGCGGAAUGAUCACCCCCCAGGGCGGCUGCUGCUGCUGGUGUUGCCGUUGCUGCUGCUGCUGCUCUGCUACUGCUAUUACUGCUGCUGCUGCCCGGUUCCUGCUGGUGUUGUUUCUGCCACAGCCACUGCUGCUGCUCCUUCCACUCAGAUUCUGGCUGGCAGGCAGAAAGUGCAACUGACAGGAGAAGGGUCCCUGCAGUGAAAGUGGAGUAGCUGAAUAAAAGAGAGUAAAGAGGCAAAGAAACCCAGAGCAGAAUGCAGGCACCAUCCAACCUCCUGAACCUUCUGCUGCUUUCUUUUCUGGCUGGAUUAGAUCCUUCCAAGACUCAAAUUAGCCCAAAAGAAGGGUGGCAAGUUUAUAGCUCAGCCCAAGAUCCUGAUGGACGAUGCAUUUGUACAGUGGUUGCACCAGAACAGAAUCUAUGUUCCAGGGAUGCAAAAAGCAGGCAACUUCGACAACUCCUGGAAAAGGUUCAGAAUAUGUCCCAGUCCAUUGAAGUCUUAAACUUACGAACUCAGAGGGAUUUCCAAUAUGUUUUAAAAAUGGAAACCCAAAUGAAAGGAUUGAAGGUCAAGUUUCGGCAGAUUGAAGAUGACCGGAAGACAUUAAUGACAAAGCAUUUUCAAGAGUUAAAAGAAAAGAUGGAUGAGCUCUUGCCCUUGAUCCCAGUCCUGGAACAGUACAAAACGGAUGCCAAGUUAAUCACCCAGUUCAAAGAGGAAAUUAGGAAUCUGUCUGCAGUCCUCACAGGAAUUCAGGAAGAAAUUGGGGCCUAUGACUAUGAGGAACUGCAUCAGAGAGUACUCAGCUUAGAAACCAGACUUCGAGACUGCAUGAAGAAACUAACAUGUGGCAAGUUGAUGAAAAUCACAGGUCCUAUUACAGUCAAGACAUCUGGAACUCGAUUUGGAGCUUGGAUGACAGAUCCUUUAGCAUCAGAAAAAAAUAACCGGGUUUGGUACAUGGAUAGUUACACUAAUAAUAAGAUUGUUCGUGAAUAUAAAUCAAUUGCAGACUUUGUCAGUGGAGCUGAAUCAAGGACAUAUAACCUCCCGUUCAAAUGGGCAGGGACUAACCAUGUGGUCUAUAAUGGCUCCCUCUAUUUUAACAAGUAUCAGAGUAAUAUCAUCAUCAAGUACAGCUUUGACACAGGAAGAGUGCUGGCUCAGAGGAGCCUGGAAUAUGCUGGCUUUCAUAAUGUUUACCCUUACACAUGGGGUGGUUUCUCUGACAUCGAUCUGAUGGCUGAUGAGAUUGGACUGUGGGCAGUAUAUGCAACCAACCAGAAUGCAGGCAACAUUGUCAUCAGCCAGCUUAAUCAAGAUACCUUGGAGGUGAUGAAGAGCUGGAGUACUGGCUAUCCCAAGAGGAGCGCUGGAGAAUCCUUCAUGAUCUGUGGGACCCUAUAUGUCACCAACUCUCAUUUAACUGGAGCCAAGGUUUAUUAUUCUUAUUCUACCAAAACCUCCACAUAUGAGUACACAGACAUCCCGUUCCAUAACCAAUAUUUUCACAUAUCCAUGCUUGACUACAAUGCAAGAGAUAGAGCUCUGUAUGCCUGGAACAACGGACAUCAGGUCCUGUUCAAUGUCACCCUUUUCCACAUCAUUAAGACGGAAGAUGACACAUAAGUGUUGCUUUAUUUUUUAUUUAUUUUUUAAUUUUUCAAUUAUCUUAGUGUCAUUUGUGAUAAACUCUAAAGCAUCUCAUAUUUUUUUCUGUAGUAUGUGUUUUUUUUUCAUCAUUUGCCAAAAAGCAUUUUAUACUAUUAGAGUGUGUCACAAAAACACCCAAGACUGUCCUAAGAUGACCCAUUGGAAAUGCAUCUUAAUUAUUGGAUCUGCAAGGCGAAUCAUGACCUUGUGUGAAAAAGCACUAAAGAGAAUUUGAGUGACUAAAGUCAAGGUUUCCAAAAGAUUAAUGAUCUGCCUUAUAUUUGAGUCAGAGACUAAUGGUGGCUUAAAUGCAUGAAUGUCUUUUUUUACUUCUGUCCUUUUUUUAAUCUGUCAAUUUGUUGCUCCCCAUCAGGAAAUAUUUUGGUAGUAAUUGGAAGCAAAAAGAGUACUUUUCCCUCCCAUUUAUUUCUUAAAAGAUAAAAAAAAAUAUUCAAGGAUCUGGUUUACUUGGGAAAAUUAAUGUCCAUCAUUUUGCUGUUACCUAAUUCUCUGAUGCGGUGCUGUAAAGUACAUUUUUAAACCUCUUGCUAACAUUUUACUGGCAAUAUGUAUUUCUACCAUUGUAACCACCAUUGUGCAAUUGUAUCUCUUCACUUCUGUGAAAGUAAACUAAGUACUAUUUUUUAUAAAA